AUGUCGGCCCUACAGAUUGUACGGAAGAUCAAAUCGGCGCUGGACGCUGGGCCUCUGAAUUCUAUUUCCCCACAUCAAGACGGAGAUGAAAGACCGCAGUCAACAAACGACGAACAAGCACCGAGUUCUCGCACACGACUUGGGAAACCUCUACACAACCUUCGGAAUACCAGAGUAUCCUCUAUAGGAAGCCAAAGCUCCGGCACACUCCGAUCCCAGCCAGAACGUAGUUUCGUCGAUCUCCGGAGACGACUUGCACGCAAAGCAUCUUUGCUUGGGCUGCGGGCAAAGUGGUGGAAAGCUGAAAUCCAAGGUCGAGAACAAGAGCAAGAAAACAAUCGAUCAAGUCCUGCGCCGACAGCUGAAGAAGCGCUCCAACAAGGAAGGCCGUUUCCGUGCAAAGCGAAAGAUAGUGAUAAUCCAGUGCUCACGAUUCAGCCUUACAACUACAGUAAGGCAAGCGAACGAGAUCUUGCUCCUCCAGACCAGGACCACGAUACAUUCCCAGCUUCUUCUCUGGUUACCAUUCAGCCUCCACCUAUACUGCCCGACUUUAUACAAUCCCACCAUAUACGACCCGAUCCUAUACAAACAAAUCAAGCAGCUCCAGCCUCCAAGCCCACCAAGCCGCGUGAUCAAUCUGAUCUUGUUCAAGCACAUAUCCUAGCUCAGCAGGCAAACUAUCUCCGUGAAGAAAUAGCAGACGGCAUCAUCAGCAUCAAUAUGUCUGGCGAACAAGCACCCCCUCCAGUUCCUUACACUCGCCUGAAGGAGAUCACCGAAAAUGCCUGUUCUAGUGCCCUUUCAAGUGUGACUUCAUACUCUCAUGCUGAGACCGAGUCUUGGAACACAACCAUAAUCAACAGCAUUCUUGGCGCUCUGGUGGAGGAGACAUCGAAGUCAGGAUCGGCUUCUUCCUCACAACCACAGUUCAAAUACGUCGUCAACAGCACCAUUAUCCAACACGCGUCCUCGUCGUCAGACAGCCCCAGGACUGCAGGUCGCCGAGGCAUGCACGCGGCCAGCGGCGCGUACUGGAACAACGAAAAGGACGGAAUGUGGAGCUACAAGUAUCCUGGGGCCGAGAGCAAGGGACUUGACGUGGUGGUGGGAAUCAUUUGGAUCUGGGUGGGACCAGUAUAG